AUGGCUGGCGGCGGCGGCGCGGGGAGGAAGGUGGCGGUCGCUGCCGUGCAGUUCGCCUGCACAGACACCGUGUCCGACAACGUCGCCACGGCCGAGAGGUUGAUUAGAGAAGCUCAUAAGAAAGGCGCAAAUAUUGUCCUCAUCCAGGAACUAUUUGAAGGGCACUAUUUCUGUCAAGCUCAAAGGAUGGAUUUCUUUCAGCGUGCUAAGCCUUAUAAAGAGAAUCCAACUAUAAUGAGAAUGCAAAAUCUUGCAAAGGAGUUGGAUAUUGUGAUACCAGUAAGUUUCUUUGAAGAAGCAAACAAUGCUCAUUACAACUCAGUGGCCAUUAUUGAUGCUGAUGGCACUGAUCUUGGCCUAUACCGCAAAUCACACAUUCCAGAUGGACCAGGUUAUGAAGAGAAAUUUUAUUUCAAUCCAGGUGAUACUGGUUUCAAGGCUUUCAAAACCAAGUAUGCAACAAUUGGCGUUGGAAUUUGCUGGGAUCAGUGGUUCCCGGAGACUGCAAGGGCUAUGGUGCUUCAGGGGGCAGAAAUAUUGUUCUAUCCCACUGCCAUUGGAUCUGAACCUCAGGAUACUAACCUGGAUUCCCGUGAACACUGGAAGCGUGUCAUGCAAGGCCAUGCCGGCGCUAACUUGGUUCCUCUUGUCGCUUCUAACCGGAUAGGAAGGGAAACUGUUGAGACUGAGCAUGGCAACAGCACUAUAAAAUUUUACGGGAAUUCAUUCAUCGCAGGGCCAACUGGAGACAUCAUCAAGCUUGCAAAUGACAAAGAUGAGGAGGUGCUGGUGGCAGAGUUUGAUUUGGAUGAGAUCAAAUCUACCAGACACGGUUGGGGGAUAUUCAGGGACAGGCGUCCCGAUCUAUACAAAGUGCUACUGACAUUGGACGGCCAGAAAUCAUCCUAG